CAGUGCCGCUGAGCGGAGCGAGUGUCAGGAACAAGGGCACGCGAGCGAGACGACAAGAUCCAUGGGCGGGUUUGCAUUCAUCCUCGUAACCGUCAUGCCAAUACCGAAAUUCCCAACGGGGUUCCAGUCUUUCGCUUAGGGAAUGGUGCGGUACCGUGCCGCUACCUCGCCAUGGCGCUGUGCUGCGCAGGCGAAGCAGGUACCCAGAAGCAGGUACCGCGGAUCUGAGAUGCAUGGCCCAAUGCGGGAAACCAUGUUGUGGAGUACAGGAGCGGGAAGUGUCAAAAAAUAGCACAGGGGGCACUCAGACAGCGGCUCGGAAGAGUGGUGCUAACCGCCAGCCAGCCUUACGCUACGCGAAAAACCCCAAGCCUCGUCUCCGCGCAACCUCAUUCGCCGUUGUCUCGAUGCCUGCAAUGCGAUGGACCGCGAGUCCGAGGAUGAGUAAGGCUGCUUUUUGCUCUCUUCGAUUGCCUUUGGGAGUACUAGAAGUGGAGGGAUUUCCAUUGUCGGCAAAGCAAUGGCAGAUGGGUCAAUGGAUCAAUCGAUCAAGAAACAACAUAACUAAAAGAAACAUGAGAAACGGAGAAACACGAGGCCGGGCGGCGGCCGUUGGCGGCCGGCGAUCGAGAUCUGACCCAAUCUGCGACUGGCCGCCCGCCGCCUUGCAGACGAGGCCGGCUACUGCCCUCAACGAGACCCCUGAGAACCCGACAGAACGGCAACCUCUCAGGGUGAGGGUAUCCACAGACGCUCUGCUGAGCUCAAACAGCCGAGAUAGCGACGAGCACUGGCGCGCGACAAUCACGGAGGCGAGCGUCUCGCGAGAUCUGGGCGGCUGGAAAUUGCGAAGGGCUGCGACGUUGCAGCUCUUGGUAUCAACGUCGCAAUGGGCAGAAAAUAAACAGGCGCCGGAAAAACAAAGUUCGGAUCCGGCGGGGAGAAGAACUGCUGCGAGUUGUCGUGAAGGCGCGCUCUGGAGCCGCGGACGGGGAUGGUUUUCGGUGGACCGAGGGGCAAUCAAUCGCUGGCGGCAACGCGGAAGAGCGCCGCGCUCAACGAACCAUUCAGCGAGCCACUCAGCUCUGCUUGUCGGCUCCACUCAAGCAAAUGGUAGCGCGAAAACAUCCAUCGGAAGAUGAGAUGAAACAUGGCUUGUUGGUUCUCGCAACAUGAGGAAGCCGUCGGAUUGGCUCCUCCUAGCA